UUUAGCCCAUUUCAGCGAAUCAAUUCAUUGUCGAGAAUAGGAAAACUUCCAAACAAUUUAAUAAAUAAUGGCUUUCCGUAUCCCAUUUGGCAAGAAGCACGCUGAAAUAGCGACGUCCUUCAUCCGCUCUGGUGCUGGCUUUGGAGGAGCUGCUGGUCUGGGCCUGCUUUACUACACAGAUUGGAAACUCAUCCUUCAGUAUGUGCCCAUCUAUGGCUCCAAGUUCGACAAGAGCGAUUAAACAUGUGAAAAAGUUUUCAACUAGUUCAAUAUGUUUAUAUAUAAAAUAAAGGAAACUUAAUGCGUUAACCGAA